AUGUCGUCCAUGCAGCAGCGCAAGAAUGAGAUCCUCGCCAAACGAGCCAAGCUUGCGGAGCUGAAAAAGCAGCGCGAGCUCCGCCAGAAGGAAUUCACCAACACCCGAACCAGCGUCGGAGAUGCUUCAGAGAUUGUGUCGCCGGUGCCCAGCCGCUCAGACAACAGAGCAGAACUGGAUGAUCUGAUCUCUCGCCUGGUGGAUCGCCCGGGGUCGGCAUCCAUCAGCCACGGCGCCGAAGGCCAGUCGGGGAAGGGCAGCCGACCCAAUUCCGUGCUAAGCGCCAGUCAACUAAGUGGAGAGAACGCCGAUUCAUACGCUCCUUCGUCCAGACCACAAUCCCAGUCCAUUGCUGUACAGACGGUCGGGGAUGAGCCCCUCACGUCGUCUGCACCAGAAGCCCCGCCGCCCCCUGAACCCAAACCGGAGGUCGUCACCUACAGCAAAGCUGUACAGACCGAUGUAUUAGAACCGCAGCCUGAGUCUGUCGAUGGCUCUGUUGAGUCAGAUAGUGAAGAGCUCGCCGGAACUACUCGGUCGAGCAAGCGUCUAAGCCGACGGGACCGGGAGCGAGACGAAGAGAUCCGACAGAAGAUUCGGGGGGAAAUCGAGGAGGAAUUGAAGGCUACCAACCAAGAUGGGCAGGAUCCCUUGGCCACACAAUCUGCACAAUUACGAUACCCACUCCGCACACUCGAGGAAGACGAGCUGAAGGCGGUCACUUCGUCGGAUGACUUCCUGGACUUUGUCGAGCGGUCGUCCAAGGUGAUCGAGCGAGCUUUGGAUGAGGACUACGAUGUCCUGGCAGAUUAUGAACUCGGCGGCAUCGACGGGGACUUGGAAGAAGACGAAGAGACCGGGAAGAAGAAGAGGGGGAUCCGGGAGGUUUGCCAGUUCUGGGAUGAGCGAUGGAGCAAGAAGCGUAUGAUCACCGACCUGAGCUUCUCUCCUAAGUUUCCCGAGCUCGUCCUGGCCUCGUAUACCAAGAAUCCCUCCGCUCCCCAUGAACCCGACGGCCUUGUCCAGGUGUGGAAUCAACAUUUGCACUCUCGCCCGGAAUACGUAUUCCACUCCACUUCCGACAUUCUCACGGCAAAAUUCUCUCCCUUUCACCCGAAUCUUAUUGUGGGAGGCUCCUAUUCGGGACAGGUGCUCUUGUGGGACACUCGCUCUUCGCGUGCUGGCGGCGGCGCCCCAGUUCAGAAGACGCCUCUCACUGGUGCCGGACACACCCAUCCUGUCUACAACAUUUCCAUCAUAGGCACUCAAAAUGCACACAAUAUCUUAACCGCCUCGACAGAUGGGGUGGUCUGUGGCUGGACGGUCGAUAUGCUGUCGCAACCGCAGGAAUAUCUAGAGUUGACCACCCCUCCUCCAUCCAAAAUCGAGGAUCGUGCGCCGACCAGCAUGUCGUUCCCUCAGUCUGACCCAACCUUUUUCAUUGUGGGCACAGAAGAAGGUGGCAUCUACCCCUGCCACCGAUACGAUCGAGCAGGCGCCAAGGCCGGCACCGACCACCGAGUGGCGUAUCGCGGACACGCAGCGCCGAUCAUGUCGACAGCAUUCCACCCUGCUCGGGGCCCCGUCGACCUUGGAGAUUUGAUGUUGAGCUCCAGUCUCGACUGGAGCGUAAAGCUCUGGCGCGUCCGACCCCCGGCGACGACUGCGUCCGUGACAUCUGGCUCUGCCCAUACCCAAGUUGUCGCGCCCAUCCUUGACAUCACGCGCGAAGAUGUCGUCUACGAUGCCCGCUGGUCCCCGCAUCGACCAGGCGUGUUCUCCUUGGUGGAUGGUGCCGGCAACGUCGAAGUCUGGGAUCUCUACGCGGACACGGAAGUUCCGGUGGUACGCGCCACCCCCUCCCGUGGCCGCAGCGGCGUCUUGUCCCGCAGCCUCAAUAAGGUUGCGUGGGAAGAGCGGGAAGGCCGCCGCCUGGCGACUGGUGGGCUGGACGGCGUGGUCACCGUCUUCGAGGUGGGCAAGGGCUUGAGCGGAAUUCCCGAGGAGGUCCCAGCGGAAGAGUGGACGGGCAUGAAGCGGCUGGUGGGGAAACUGGAGCAGAAGGAUCGAAUGGCUUGA